AUGGGCAUGAAUGCUCUCACUCUACAAGGUAAGUAUUCAGUUUUACAGUUCGAAGGUUGUCGAGUUAGGUUUUAUUCUGCCUGUCAGUGUUUUGUUGGGCUUGUUUGUGAGCUUCUAGCCGUGAAUGAUUUUACUCUGCAAGGGUGCUUACUUUGUUAUGGGCGGUUUUCUUCUGCCUGUGAGUGUUUUCUUGAUGGGGUUUCUGAGCUUCUCACUGCAAGGAAAAAGGGGUUGAAGUACCCAUUGCUUAUAAAGCGCCUUGCUUGUAUGGUUAUAUCUGGCAUGGCAUCUGCAGAUAGCCUUGAUAUUCUUCAACCAGCAAAUUAUGGUAUCUUGUCAAAAGGGGGAGAGGAGUUUGAAUUAUUGAUCUUUACCUUGAAGAAUAGUGGUAUUCAUCCUGAAUUGCUGACUUUUCUUACAAAAGAAUGGUACUUUAGUAUGCUAGCUCGCAUCCGUGUAAAUGUAUUCCGGAUUGAGAUGAUUGAUGGAACUGGAUACCAUGCAGAUCUCCUUGCAGCAGCAUCUGCAUCUAUUUCAGCUGAAUCAGCAGUGGGAAAUGCCGUUUACAUGCUUUCAUCGAUGUACAAUCAUGAUUGUGAUCCAAAUACACACAUAUUGUGGGUAGAAAAUGCAAAGGCAAGUUUGAAAGCCCUCCGUAAUAUUGAAGCAGGUGAAGAACUACGAAUUUGCUAUAUUGAUGCUAGUUUGGACCAUGAAGCACGCCAAUCUGUACUUUAUCAAAGUUUUGGCUUUUGGUGUAAAUGCUUUCGAUGCAAAUCGGAGGACUAGAUCUUCUAGUAGGAUGAAUUUGAAUGCAAAUCAUGGCCUUUAAUAUGAAUCUUGAUCCACUUGGAUAAUGAAUUUGUAGCUGAAUUCCUUAUCACUCAGCAUAUCAGAUUUAGAGCUGAAGUAUCUCAUUCAUGAUAUGAUUGAUAUAACGUACUAGCAUUAGCGCACUAAGAGUAGCAGUUUAUACUCUCGGCCAAACAUUGAUAAUAAAACUGAAUCUUGUGAUCGUAUGAAGUAAAGAGAAGGCUGCAGUAAGCAUAAGAACCACGUGUUUUUUAAAUUAGUGUUACAGAGUUUGGCUCUAUAGAUAGUGUUGUUUUAUUGAACAUAAAUAUUAUUCAAAAAUUUACAAAUUUUUUUU